UGAAACGAACGAUACUAGUGAACACAAUGCCCCCGCGAUAUGUAUUCAGCACAGGAUAACCGACAUCGGUCAAGCUCAUGCUUGUGCCAAUAAUUGAAGAGGCAUGGCCAACACAAUUGGGCAGGGAUCCGACAUGCCCAAACACCACUCACGCAUCAUCACGUACGCAAUAAGUGGACACAAUUAGUAAAGAACUUUGCAUUUAUCUUAUCUUUGGAUGCAACAUUCCAUCAAUCAAAUUUAUUCAAACCGACAUCUAUUUUUGCGUUUGCCAACGGUCAUCAAUAAAAGCAUACUACGAAUUACUUCAUCUAUAAAUAGCGUGGAUGCAUUUCCACAAAGAAUCACACAAACAAGAUUGGAGCCUUUUGCAUUUCCACAUUUCAAUUUUGGUAAUCUCCUCUCCUAAUCCUUCUUUUUCAAGUCUUAAAUCAUUGGAUACACAGUCUUUCUUAUUUCAUAAAACUUUGUUGGGUAUUUUUCUUCCUAAGUAACUGUAAUACUUAGCUAUCUUCUUAUUGUGUUCAACCAUUUCUUAUCUUUUCGAAGAAUUUAUGAUAGUACUGUAGCUGCACUGCAGAAAAUGGGCUUUAUUGAUAUUUUUUCUGUAAAUAAACUCCCAAAAUCGUUAUGGAAUGAAAGCCCGUGUCGACGAAGACAAAAUAUGUAUGAGUGAAUUUAAGAUUGUCUAUUAAUAUUAUACACCGACUCUCUUUACACUGACGUAAGAUAUUAUUUGUUUAUCAUUGGGCUAGUUAAAGUUUCAAUCCAUAGUCCGUGUCUCACUCUAAUAAUAUAUCAUGAUAUAUAUCGUCCUAAUUAAAAUUAGUUGUUAUAGAAGGUGUUGCUACUAGACUUAUUUGAGGUUAAUUUGCUAAAAGUUAAGACGGAAUUUUUCUUUAGAAUUGACAAGAAAUAGCCGUCGAUAAUCCGUCAAGAAAUAUUAAUUCAAGUUAUUUUGAUUGUAUGUACAAGAGGGUGAUCAUCAUGACCUUCAUGCUUCCAAAAUUCAUCGCCAUUAGAACAACUAGUUAUCCUGAUAGAGGGCAUUUAUACUACAACGAAAAUGGAAGUUCAGUAAAUCUUGGGGAACAGAGCGUGUUUAGCACGCUCGUGACGACUGAAGUAGAACGAGCAACCCCAACUACGUUCACCUCCGAUUCAGUAAUUCCAACAGGUAUUGGUCAAAGAGGGCGAACAGCAUCGUCAUCGUUGCUGAAUCAAAGCAGCCCGUGGAAGACACGAUGGAUCCUUCAUGCACGUUGUUCCAGACAUUUCAGGCGGAUGAUGAGCCGGCAGGUGUGUUUUACUUGAAUCACGUUCCGACCGUCUGUUGGUAGAUAACAUUGAAACCUGGGGCCUUUAUGUGGAGGUAAACCCCCCCGAUACGUACGGUCAUCUAACUUAUGUGGAUUGGAGUACAUUGGUGAAACUGCCUGCCCACGUGGCUUUCAAAGGCGAUAACGGCAGCUACCUUAGAGGAGUGUACCAGGAUGGGCUCAAGUACCUGCAGUUCUCAUCCGGUGAACCUAAUGCGUCGACCGGUCAUCGCGUGUGGUUCAUGCCCGACGGACAUGUCCGGAUAACAUCGGAUGACUGGGGGGGGGGGGGCGAUUCUGGAGGCGUAGUCCAAACUGGAUAUGGGCCGAUUCCGAUCAGUCUUCCAUCGACAACCGCGACACUCACUUCUGGCCGGUCAAAUUAGACGACAACAACACCAUUGCACUCUGCAACGCGGGCAACAACUGUUACUGCUCACGUCUCUCCGAAGACGGGAAGACCGACAUGUUAAAUGCGGCCUGGCAAAACAUCUACGAUUCUGGAAAACUGGUGGUGCGAGAGCUUGUGUCCCAAAGAAACAUCUACAACGUCAGAUAUCGGAUGCAGGACGCCAGGAUAUACGACGAGCUGCCUUUCAUUGCAGGCUCAUCCCUGCUUGAUAAUACCAGCAGCCAGGAGGCUUCUAUGUCUGUCCAGAUUGUGUUUCAAGAUGAGAAAUCUUAUACUUUUAGUCAUAGCUUGUCUUUAACUGCUGGGGUGGAAACCAAGUUCCAGGCUGGUGUGCCCUUCAUCGUGGACGGAGAGAUCAAGGUCUCUUUUGAGAUAGACAACACUCUCCAGUGGGACACCACCACAACUACUACGGCAUCAGUUACGGCUUCGGCUUCGGUUCCUGUUCCUGCGAGGAGUAGUGCUCUGAUUGAGUAUGUCGGGACUAGGGGCACUUGCGAUAUUCCUUAUUCUUACACGCAGCAAGACAAGAGCUCCAUUGAUGGCAAGAUUUCUUACACUGAGCAAGUUGAUGGUAUUUACAAAGGCAACAGUUCUUACAACUUCCACUUUGUUGUCAAAGCCAUUCAAGCCCUCGGCUGAACAUCCCAUGCCGUUUUUCCCAAUCAUCAAUAACUGUCAUGAAGUUGAGUGCUGAUAUGUAAGCUAGCUUCGUAGCUAAACUUGUGGCAAGUAACCAAAACUACGAAUAUCAACAGUAGUUCAUCAAUAAGAUUGGGUCAUAAAUUGUUGUUUGAUUAUCAAUUUGAUUCCUCCAAGUUGUUGAGUGUUUUGGUUAA